ACGCAUAUCGGAGAAGGAAGAAACAAGAAGCUUGAGCGCGGUGGGAACGACGUCGUUAAGCUUCCAAAUGAGUUGCCAUAUCUCUCAUCGAUGACAAACACGUGAUCUUCUUCUUCAACCCUUUUGCUAACACAAAAAAUGAGGGGACAGUGGAAUAAAAGAAAAAGGGUGAUUGGUGCGUUAGUAUAAAAGGUAGUUUAAAUAGUAGCUUCCUAAAAAGACUUAUCAAGUUAGAACAGGUCUAAAGAAAAUGGGCCUAUACAUCUGUAUCUGAUUUUGAACUCAAACCCUCCCAUCAAAAUAGAGGGAAUAAAGAUAGGGUUUAUGGCUUUCAGUGAGAUAUCAUCUGAGACUGCUGCUUCACUCUCCACUUUCACAUCCAGAUCUUAUUCCUCCUCGUAAUCAAGUCNGNCCCAGUAGCUCUUCAAGGCACAAUUCGCAUAGAGGCGCCUUCUUCCUUGCAGUGAUUAGGCAGCAAAGUGACCUUCUCUCUGACUUCGGUGGCUUUGUAUUUUGAGGUAACUAACACAAUGUCGCUGAGGCGUUUCUUAGGCUUUUCUGAUGGUGAGGUUAUGAGGUCUGAUGCAAAACCUUGUUCUCGGCUAAUGAGGCACACGGCUGGAAUCUAUAGUGUUGGGGGCGCAUUAGGAUUUUGGAUCCUUUGUCGACUGCAUUAUGGUCCUCGAAUUACAAAUCCUAGGAGCCUUCGUUGGGCAGCAUGUGGAGCUGUAACUGUAAGCUCAAGCACAGCUUUACUGGUUCGUUUAUUUAGUCCUGAAUGUGAGCCCCAGAAUAUAGCUGCUUACGACAAUAAAAAGUAACACUGAUAUUCCUUUUCACUCUUAGUUAAUAUAAGAAAUUGAAAAUUAUGGGUUUUUGAGAA